UAGCUAUGGAUUUUUCCCAGGAUUCAUUUUCUAAAGCAAUCACGGCAUUUGGUCUCGAUCUUUACAAUGAAAUGAUCAGAAGUGAUACUCCCCAAAACAUCUUCUGCUCUCCUUUGAGUAUCUCGUGUGCCCUGAGCAUGGUCUACUUGGGUGCUCAGGGAAACACUAAAAUACAGAUGGGACAGGUACUCCACUUUGAUAAGGCACAAGAGGGCACAAGAACAGUCUCCUCUGAGAGAAGACUGCCUGCAGUUACAUCAGGACACCAAAGGAAGCAUGACCCUCACUGUCCAGUGGAUGGAGGAAUCAACUUACAGUUCAAGAACCUCCUUUCUCAACUGAAUAGCCUUGGAGAUGGCUACCAGCUGAGUCUGGCGAACAAUUUGUUUGCUCAAGCAGGAUAUGAAUUUUUUCCGCAAUAUUGUACGGAUGCAAGAGAGAUCUAUGGAGCAACACUGCAAACUGUUGAUUUCUAUAACUCCUUGGAGGAUGCCAGGCAGGCCAUUAAUGCUAUGAUUGAUAAACAGACACAAGGAAAAAUCAAGGAACUUUUUGCCCCGGGCGUCAUUGAACGAGAUGCUGUCUUGGUGUUGGCCAACGCCACCUAUUUUAAAGCUACUUGGAAACGCCAGUUUGAUCCAAAGCUUACAACAGAAAGAGAAUUUAUGCUGAGUGAGAACGAGAGGGCAUCUGUGCCCAUGAUGCACCAGAAAGGCAAGUUUAAGUUGGGCUGCACGGCGGGUGUGAACGCACAGAUUCUUUGCCUCCCAUAUUGCAGUGAUGUCUUGUCUAUGAUGAUCUUGCUGCCAAAUACCAUCGGUGGUCUGAAGCAGGUGGAACAAGCCAUGAGCCAUGAGAAUGUAACCCGCUGGACUGCCUCUGAAAACAUGGAAGAGCUUGAUGUGGAAAUGUAUAUCCCCCGGUUCAAGCUUGAAAAGGAAUUUGACCUCAACUUGGCUUUGCAAAGGCUCGGGAUGAUUGAUGUGUUUAGCGAAACCGCAGCCAACCUAUCUGGAAUGUCUCCCUCGACGCAACUCUGCUUGUCCAAAGUGGUGCACAAAGCCUAUGUGGAAGUGAAUGAAGUGGGCACUGAAGCAGCUGCCGCCACGGGCGCUGUGGUUUCCAACAGAUCUUUAGUGCAUUAUGAACAAUUUGUUGCCGAUCACCCAUUUCUCUUCUGGAUCCAGCACAAUCCGACCAACACCACCCUUUUCCUUGGCAAAUUCUGCUCUCCUUAAAGGUCAAGACAGUUUUGUAACCUUAACCUUAUUUUUAAAAGCUCUCUGAUCAAAUGAGAUGUUUGGAUGGUCUGUCCUUUUUGCAAUGAGGCCUUCUUGUAUAAGGUCUAUUUUCUUUGCUUCUUUUAAAUAGUU